GAUUUAACCAUGUCUACCUUUAUCCCAAUCAUGCCCUCUCGCCUGUAUCCUAAUCAUGCCCUCUCGUUUGUAUCCCAAUCAUGCCCUCUUGCCUGUAUCCCAAUCAUGCCCUCUUGCCUGCAUCCCAAUCAUGCCCUCCCGCCUGUAUCCCAGUCAUGCCCUCCCGCCUGUAUCCCAAUCAUGCCCUCUCGCCUGUAUCCCAAUCAUGCCCUCUCACCUGUAUCCCAAUCAUGCCCUCUCGCCUGUAUCCCAAUCAUGCGCUCUCACCUGUAUCCCAAUCAUGCCCUCUCGCCUGUAUCCCAAUCAUGCCCUCUCGCCUGUAUCCCAAUCAUGCGCUCUCGCCUGUAUCCCAAUCAUGGCCUCUAGCCUGUAUCCCAAUCAUGCCCUCUCGCCUCUAUCCUACUCUUGUCCUCUCGCUUGUAUCCCAAUCAUGCACUCUCGCCUGUAUCCCAAUCCUGCACUCUCGCAUGUGUCCCAAUCUUUCCCUCUCGCCAACAUCCCAAUCAUUCCCGCUUACCUGUAUCCCAAUCAUGCCCUCUCGCCUGUAUCCGAAUCAUGCCCUCUCGCCUGUAUCCCAAUCAUGCCCUCUCGCCUGUAUCCCAAUCAUGCCCUCUCACCUGUAUCCCAAUCAUGCCCUCUCGCCUGUAUCCUAAUCAUGCCCUCUCGUUUGUAUCCCAAUCAUGCCCUCUUGCCUGUAUCCCAAUCAUGCCCUCUUGCCUGCAUCCCAAUCAUGCCCUCUCGCCUGUAUCCCAGUCAUGCCCUCCCGCCUGUAUCCCAAUCAUGCCCUCUCGCCUGUAUCCCAAUCAUGCCCUCUCACCUGUAUCCCAAUCAUGCCCUCUCGCCUGUAUCCCAAUCAUGCGCUCUCACCUGUAUCCCAAUCAUGCCCUCUCGCCUGUAUCCCAAUCAUGCCCUCUCGCCUGUAUCCCAAUCAUGCGCUCUCGCCUGUAUCCCAAUCAUGGCCUCUAGCCUGUAUCCCAAUCAUGCCCUCUCGCCUCUAUCCUACUCUUGUCCUCUCGCUUGUAUCCCAAUCAUGCACUCUCGCCUGUAUCCCAAUCCUGCACUCUCGCAUGUGUCCCAAUCUUUCCCUCUCGCCAACAUCCCAAUCAUGCCCGCUUACCUGUAUCCCAAUCAUGCAUUCUCGCGUGUAUCCCAAUCAUGCCCUCUCGCCUGUAUCCCAAUCAUGCCCUCUCACUUGUAUCCCAAUCAUGCCCUCUCGCCUGUAUCCCAAUCAUGCCCUCUUGCCUGUAUCCCAAUCAUGCCCUCUCGCUUGUAUCCCAAUCAUGCCCUCUCGCCUAUAUCCCAAUCAUGCCCUCUUGCCUGUAUCCCAAUCAUGCCCUCUCGUUUGUAUCCAAUCAUGCCCUCUUGCCUGCAUCCCAAUCAUGCCCUCUCGUUUGUAUCCCAGUCAUGCCCUCCCGCCUGUAUCCCAAUCAUGUCCUCUCGCCUGUAUCCCAAUCAUGACCUCUCGCCUGUAUCCCAAUCAUGCCCUCUCGCUUGUAUCCCAAUCAUGCGCUCUCGCCUGCAUCCUAAUCAUGCCCUCUCGCCUGUAUCCCAAUCAUGCCCUCUCGCCUGUAUCCCAAUCAUGCCCUCUCACUUGUAUCCCAAUCAUGCCCUCUCGCCUGUAUCCCAGUCAUGCCCUCUUGCCUGUAUCCCAAUCAUGCCCUCUCGCUUGUAUCCCAAUCAUGCCCUCUCGCCUAUAUCCCAAUCAUGCCCUCUUGCCUGUAUCCCAAUCAUGCCCUCUCGUUUGUAUCCAAUCAUGCCCUCUUGCCUGCAUCCCAAUCAUGCCCUCUCGCCUGUAUCCCAGUCAUGCCCUCCCGCCUGUAUCCCAAUCAUGUCCUCUCGCCUGUAUCCCAAUCAUGUCCUCUCGCCUGUAUCCCAAUCAUGACCUCUCGCCUGUAUCCCAAUCAUGCCCUCUCGCUUGUAUCCCAAUCAUGCGCUCUCGCCUGCAUCCGAAUCAUGCCCUCUCGCCUGUAUCCCAAUCAUGCCCUCUCGCCUGUAUCCCAAUCAUGCCCUCGCGUUUGUAUCCCAAUCAUGCUCUUUUGCCUGUAUCCCAAUCUUGCCCUCUUGUCUGUAUCCCAAUCGUGCCCUCUCUCCUGUAUCCCAAUCAUACCCUCUCGUCUGUAUCCCAAUCAUGCCCUCUCGCCUGUAUCCCAAUCAUGCCCUCUCGCCUGUAUCCCAAUCAUGCGCUCUUGCCUGCAUCCCAAUCAUGCCCUCUCGCCUGUAUCCCAACCAUGCCCUCUCGCCUGUAUCCCAAUCAUGCCCUCUUGCCUGUAUCCCAAUCAUGCCCUCUUGCCUGUAUCCUAAUCAUGCCCUCUCGCCUGUAUCCCAAUCAUGCCCUCUCACUUGUAUCCCAAUCAUGCCCUCUCGCCUGUAUCCCAAUCAUGCCCUCUCGCCUGGAUCCCAAUCAUGCCCUCUCGCCUGUAUCCCAAUCAUGCCCUCUCGCCUGUAUCUCCCUGAUGCCCUCUCGCCUGUAUCCCAAUCAUGCCCUCUCGCCUGUAUCCAAAUCAUGCGCUCUCGCCUGUAUCCCAAUCAUGCCCUCUCGCCUGUAUCCCAAUCAUGCCCUCUCGCCUGUAUCCCUAUCAUGCGCUCUCUCCUGUAUCCCAAUCAUGCCCUCUAGCCUGUAACCUAAUCAUGCCCUCUAGCCUGUAUCCCAAUCAUGCCCUCUCACCUCUAUCCUUAUCUUUUCCUCUCGCUUGUAUCCCAAUCAUGCACUUGCGCCUGUAUCCCAAUCCUGCACUCUCGCAUGUGUCCCAAUCUUUCCCUCUCGCCAACAUCCCAAUCAUGCCCCUUGACCUCUAUCCCAAUCAUGCACUCUCGCCGGUAUCCCAAUCAUGCCCUCUCGCCUGUAUCCCAAUCAUGCCCUCUCGCCUAUAUCCCAAUCAUGCCCUCUCGCCUGUAUCCCAAUCAUGCCCUCUUGCCUGUAUCCCAAUGAUGCCCUCUCGUUUGUAUCCCAUCAUGCCCUCUUGCCUGUAUCCCAAUCAUGCCCUCUCGCCUGUAUCCCAAUCAUGCCCUCUCGCCUGUAUCCCAAUCAUGCCCUAUCUCAUGUAUCCCUAUCAUGCCCUCUCGCCUGUAUCCCAAUCAUGCCCUCUCGCCUGUAUCCCAGUCAUGCCCACUCGCCUGUAUCCCAAUCAUGCCCUCUCGCCUGUAUCCCAAUCAUGCCCUCUUGCCUGUAUCCCAAUCAUGCCCUCUCGUUUGUAUCCCAAUCAUGCUCUUUUGCCUGUAUCCCAAUCUUGCCCUCUUGUCUGUAUCCCAAUCGUGCCCUCUCUCCUGUAUCCCAAUCAUGCCUCUCGCCUGUAUCCCAAUCAUGCCCUCUCGUCUGUAUCCCAAUCAUGCCCUCUCGCCUGUAUCCCAAUCAUGCCCUCUCGCCUGUAUCCCAAUCCUGCAUUCUUGCCUGCAUCCCAAUCAUGCCCUCUCGCCUGUAUCCCAAUCAUGCCCUCUCGCCUGUAUCCCAAUCAUGCCCUCUCGCCUGUAUCCCAAUCAUGCCCUCUCGCCUGUAUCCCAAUCAUGCCCUCUCGCCUGUAUCCCUAUCAUGCGCUCUCUCCUGUAUCCCAAUCAUGCCCUCUAGCCUGUAUCCUAAUCAUGCCCUCUAGCCUGUAUCACAAUCAUGCCCUCUCACCUCUAUCCUAAUCUUU